AUCUAUUUAUCAACAAAAAAAAUCUAUUAUCCAAACCAUACGCAAAGAGCAGCAUGUGGAGCAUGAAGUUUGUGUGAAUAUGCUAUUCAUGCACUUCUUGUUUCUUACAUAUGUGCGCCUCUCUCACCCAUUCCUUUCUUAUUAACAUUUUAAAAUAACUUCCAAUAUUCCCUAUUUUUCUUUCACAUGAAACUCAAAAACAACAUUCACAAAUGGAACCAAAUGUUUUUAUGCAGCAGAACAGAAUUUCAACACUAACUUCAACUCACUACAACCUCAUCAAACAUAAACCUCAACAACAUCCACCUUAUAUAGUUUCUGUCCUCAAAAAGCCUUCAAAUCAUGACAUUACAAAAGAAACAACAAAAAAUAGUACUACUAAUGUAUAUAAAGAUAGUUGGUUUGAUCUCAUAGCAAUAAACCAUUUAUCAAAAACAGUUCAAGCUGCCACAGGACUAAGUAAUAAUAAGAGUGGUUAUGAGAGCCUUGUUGAGGCAACUUUUAUGGUAAAACAGAAAUUUAAUCCUAUUCAACAGCAAGAGGUCAUUACCCAAAUUCUUGAUAGUCUUUUCCCACAGUUAGUAUUUACAGUGAUAAAGAAUCAGCCCCUACCAAAUAAACUCACAAGGGAACUUUAUGCAAUUAUCACCACUAUGUUAUUUACUUGGUUAGUUGGGCCCUCUGAGGUGAGAGAAUCAGAGAUCAAUGGGAGAAGAGAAAAGAAUGCAGUAUAUGUCAAAAAAUGCAGGUUCUUAGAGGAGACAAAUUGUGUAGGGAUGUGUAUUAAUAUGUGCAAAAUUCCAUCUCAAACGUUUAUAAAGAACACUCUAGGUAUGCCGGUCAACAUGGUACCAAAUUUUGAAGACAUGAGUUGUGAGAUGAUAUUUGGGCAGGAUCCUCCGGCAUCAACUGAUGAUCCAUCACUGAACCAACCAUGCUAUAAAAAAUGCAAAUCAUAUAAAAGUCAUGGAACAAACUGCCCCAGUUAAAGCAGAGGGUUUGGAUAGAAGAUGUCAUUUUAUAGAAUAGAACAUCAUUAUGUACUAACUACUAACCACUAAUAAUAGUUACAUGAAUAUAUUUUCUUCUUCUUUGGUGUAUUAACUUGCUAAUUAUCUGUAAUUUUCUUUUGAAAAUUAGGACUAUUGGGGUGUACAUGCAAAAUUUUGAUUUGAAUCAAAGUAUUAAUGUCAAUUAUAAGUGAAAAA